AUGGCGGCGGCGGCGGCGGCGGCGGCGCUGGCCCUGCGGGCCCCGGCGCUGGCCCGGCCGCUCCGCGCCGCUCCCCGGGGCUACCUGGGCACCCCCCGGUGGCCACCGAGCCUCGGGGGGCUCCCGGUGGCCCCGGUGGCCCCGGCGGGCCCGGCGGGCCGGGCCAUGGCCGGCCACAACCGCUGGUCCAAGGUGCGCAACGUGAAGGGCCCGCGGGACGCGGAGCGGAGCCGGCUGUGGCAGAAAAUGGCGCGGAUGCUGAGGGCGGCGGCCAGAGAGGGCGGCCCGGAGCCGUCGCUGAACCCCGAGCUGGCCGCGGUGGUGGCCCAGUGCCGGUCACUCAACGUGCCCAAGGCCACCAUCGAGGGAGCCCUGCGGUCAGCACGGGUGAUGACCACUGCCCACCCCGAGCUGGCCGCGGUGGUGGCCCAGUGCCGGUCACUCAACGUGCCCAAGGCCACCAUCGAGGGAGCCCUGCGGUCAGCACGGCUGGCCGCGGUGGUGGCCCAGUGCCGGUCACUCAACGUGCCCAAGGCCACCAUCGAGGGAGCCCUGCGGUCAGCACGGGUGAUGACCACUGCCCACCCCGAGCUGGCCGCGGUGGUGGCCCAGUGCCGGUCACUCAACGUGCCCAAGGCCACCAUCGAGGGAGCCCUGCGGUCAGCACGGGAGCGUCCGGCCGGGGGGUCGCAGGUGCUGCUGACCGCUCGGGGCCCGGGGGGGUCACUGCUCCUGCUGGACGUCCGCACGGACAACGUCCGGCGCAGCCAGGCCGAGCUCCGGACACUGCUCGGCCGCUACGGGGCCUCGCUGACCGGUGACGUCCGGCACGCCUUCGAGGCCGUGGGCGUGGUCCGAGUGUCCGGCCGGACGUUGGCCAUGGAGGCCGCGCUGGAGCUGGCCGCAGCGGCCGGAGCCCAGGACGUGGUGGCCGAGGACGAGGCCGAGCUCAAGUUCCUGUGUGACCCCUCGGCCCUGGGCACCGUCCGGCAGCACCUGGUGGCCGCAGGGCUCCGGCCGCUCUCGGCCGCCGUCGAGUUCGUGCCGCGCUCGGCGCUGGCCUUGCCGGACGGUCCGAGGGCCGAGGCCGAGCGGCUACUCCGGGCUCUGGCCGAGUGGCCGGACGUCGUCCGGCUCUUCCACAACAUCCAGGACGGGCCGGCGGUCACUCCGGGCGGUCACUCGGCUCCGGCCGCGCCGCCCGGCGCUCAAUAAAGGUGUGAGACGUGG